GUGCUGCUGAAGCCGAUUUUAGACUGGAACAGAAAUGGAUUGAUUAUUUGCUGGAGUUGGUCCCAUUUUAGAUCAGAACUGUCUAUGUGAUUGAUGUGUGUCUGAAGAGGUGGGAAAAAGGGGGAAGAAAGAAAAUCGUCCCAACGCCCGUGGGAUUGCUGGGACUUGCCACUUCGCACUUCAGAGCGUUCCGUUGGCACCAAAAAGGAAAGCGGACCGAGCUCCGCCGAUCUUGCAGUGGCAGCAAUGGCCGCUCCUUCCCCUCCCCCUCCUCCUCUAGAUCCGCAGCUGCAGCCCAUGGUGGAAGGGUCGGCCGCGAGCAGGCUGGAGCAGGAGCACCACCACCUCGGCACCGGCGACGAGCCGUCCUUCCGGAUGGACGACCUUCCCGCGGAGAUUCUACCUGUUAUAAUCUCACUGCUCCCACUUAAAGAGGCUGUGAGGACCAGCAUUGUUUCAACAAGUUGGAAAAUGCUCUGGACAUUCCACUGUAAUCUGUGUUUUUAUGGUCCCAAUGAGCUGGAUGAUGACCCUUCAGUGCCCCCUUUGGAAUCUGAUGAGGAGGCCGCCGUUGAUGAAUAUGUGAAAACAUCACAAGCUAAGUUGAAAAUAAAACGAGAUAAGUUCAUUGAGGCUGUGAAUUGUGUUAUUCAACGGCAUAGCGGGGUAGGAAUCAACAAGUUCAGCAUCAGGUGUGGCCUGCACAAGGAGGAAUUUGAUCAUCUUGACAGAUGGAUUAGCUUUGCCGCUUCAUCAAAGGCGAAGAUCAUCUCUUUUGACCUGAAGAAAAUUGUUUGCCCAUCCAAAGAAGUCCACCAGUUCCCUCUUGAGGCCUUAGUUGUUCAAGGCAGCUCUUGUGUGCAGUCCUUGUAUCUCGCUGAUGCUUCUCUAAAGCCACACCCAGGCAUAUGUGGCUUCACACUACUCAGAAGGCUUGUUCUGGAAUUUGUAGAGAUAUUCGGAGACUUUUCAGGCUUUUUAGCAAACUGUUCAGCACUCGAGGACCUAGAGCUGAUUGAGUGCUCCGGUGUAACCAAUUUAAGCAUACUGCACCAACUUGAUAAACUUCAACAUUUGCUAAUUGACAGAAUGCCUGUCGAGACGGUUGAGUCCAAUGCUACCGAUCUUGCUCAUUUUGAGUACAAAGGAAAAGAGAUCCCUAUAGUACUUCAUGGUCGCUCAAAGUUAGAGAAGGCUACAAUAAUGUUUGAAGGCAGCAAUGGAUUGGCCCGUGUAUUCACUGCAGUUCCAAUCAUUUUGGGAGUGAAGGCGCUAAAUGUGCAAGCUCAAAUAUCUGCUUAUGAACAGCUGCAGAAGCUGGCACCAAGACCAUGUUGCAUGUUUAUAUACCCCUCGCCCGCGAGCAGAGCACUCCAAAGUGCUUUGUUUUUUCGGGCCGGUGCGGGGAGAGCUUUGUGGUGCUCUAGCUCACCUCCUAUGCACAUGAGGUGUUCGAUGAAAUGCCCGAGCCACACUAAGCUUUCUCCUCUCGAAGCUCGACCGAAAAAAAACUACAUCGGGACAUCUCUGACUGGCCCGAUGGGAGCAUCGGCGCUGGAAGCUCACCCAGCUGGGCCUGGCCCAGGGCGGUGGGAAGGUGAGGCCGGAAAGGGGGCGCUGGGCCUGGAGCUGGAGUUGGCGAAAACGCGGUCAAUGCGAGGCGAGGCAAGCGAGCUGCUGCUCGUCGUCCUGCUCGUGCAGGAGCGAAGCAGGGAGGUGGCGCGGUGA